UGACGACGAAAAUGACGGUGCAAGUUUUUUUCUUUUCAUGAGAUGCAAAUCUUAACAUGAUACCGAAUCAGAUACGAAGCCAGGUCACUGUGGAUGCCUUCUUUAAAGGAAACUUACCGAUUUUAAGGGCAAAUUUUAUGAUAUUUCCAAAAUAUGAAAUUAACUGACGAAGUUACGUGUUUUAAUAUUUCCCUUAAAAUUAGUAUUUGACUAAAGGUAGUCGAGUUGAUAAAAAAAGACCCUCCUUUCUGUUAAGAAGUAAACUGGACCGCCCCUCCCGCACGACCCAACAGGCGGCUGCCGGCAACACAAACACACCUCAGCAAACCCAGCCGUUGGUAACGGCGAAGAUGGCAGAGCGGCAACAACAGAAACAUGAAGGCAGGGUAAAGAUUGGACAUUACAUCCUUGGCGACACGCUCGGAGUGGGCACAUUCGGGAAAGUUAAGAUUGGAGAGCAUCAGCUGACAGGCCAUAAAGUGGCUGUAAAGAUCCUAAACAGACAGAAGAUCCGCAGUCUGGAUGUUGUCGGGAAGAUCAAACGAGAGAUUCAGAACCUCAAACUGUUCAGACACCCGCACAUCAUCAAGCUGUAUCAGGUGAUAAGUACACCGACAGAUUUCUUCAUGGUUAUGGAAUACGUGUCAGGAGGUGAACUAUUCGACUACAUAUGCAAGCAUGGACGGGUAGAGGACACUGAAGCUCGCCGUCUUUUCCAGCAAAUCAUCUCAGCUGUAGACUACUGCCACAGGCACAUGGUGGUUCACAGAGACCUCAAACCUGAAAAUGUCCUGCUGGAUGCCAAUAGGAAUGCCAAGAUUGCAGAUUUUGGUCUGUCAAACAUGAUGUCAGAUGGUGAGUUUUUGCGGACCAGCUGUGGCUCACCAAACUAUGCAGCUCCAGAGGUCAUCUCAGGAAGGCUGUAUGCAGGCCCAGAGGUGGACAUCUGGAGCUGUGGUGUGAUCCUGUACGCUCUGCUCUGUGGGACUCUGCCUUUUGAUGAUGAGCAUGUCCCCACACUCUUUAAAAAGAUUAGAGGGGGCGUCUUUUACAUCCCAGAGUACCUGACCCGUUCUGUGGCUUCGCUGCUGAUGCACAUGCUACAGGUGGACCCCCUUAAGAGAGCCACCAUCAAAGAUAUCAGGGAACAUGAAUGGUUUAGGCAGGACCUGCCGUGUUACCUGUUCCCUGAGGACCCUUCGUAUGACGCUACAGUGGUGGAUGAGGAAGCAGUCAAAGAAGUGUGUGAGAAGUUUGAGUGCACCGAGCCUGAGGUCAUCUCCAGUCUUUACAGUGGAGAUCCACAGGAUCAGUUAGCAGUGGCCUAUCACCUUAUCAUAGACAACCGACGCAUCAUGACCCAGGCCAGUGAGUUCUACUUGGCCUCCAGUCCGCCCCAGGGUUCAUUUAUAGAGGAAGGAAUGCCACUGCCCCCUGGGGUAAAACCCCACCCAGAAAGGAUGCCACCACUCCUGGCAGAUAGCCCUAAAUCACGGUGUCCCCUGGAUGCUCUAAACACCACCCGACCCAAACCUCUGGCAGUGAAAAAGGCCAAGUGGCAUCUGGGUAUAAGGAGUCAGAGCAGACCCUAUGACAUCAUGGCUGAAGUGUACAGGGCUAUGAAACAGCUCAAUUUUGACUGGAAGGUGGUGAAUCCAUACUAUCUUCGAGUGCGAAGGAAGAAUCCGGUGACGGGAAACCUGGUGAAAAUGAGCCUUCAACUCUAUCAGGUAGACAACAGAUCGUACCUCCUGGACUUCAAGAGCAUCGACGGUGAGUGAUGUCACCUGUUCAGUCAAGAAAAGUUGAAUCAUUUGACCGUAUUCAUACAGCAGCGG